AUGGGUACGUACUUAGGCCUCCCUGAGAAGAUAUGUGGAUCCAAACGACAGGUAUUUGCGUUCAUCAGAGACAGAUUAAACAAUCGUAUCAACUCUUGGACUGCAAAGUUUCUGACUAAGGGAGGAAAAGAGAUCCUCAUAAAGUCUAUAGCACAAGCGCUGCCCACCUAUGUCAUGUCGUGUUUCUUACUCCCCCAAGACAUUUUGAAUAAGCUAAAGAGUGCGAUAGCAAAGUUCUGGUGGAGCACAAAAGAAAAUAACAAACGGCUACAUUGGAUGGCUUGGGAUAAGAUAUGUAAACCUGAUGAGAAAGGGGGUUUGGGCUUCAGAGAUUUGAAGAAUUUUAAUCUCGCACUACUUGCGAAGAAACUAUGGCGCCUACUACAUCAUCCAACUUCUCUCCUGGCCCGAGUGAUGAAAGGCAGGUACUAUAGGCAUACAAACCCGUUGGAGAUAAGCAGUUCGAACAACCCUUCGUAUGGUUUGAAAAGCAUGCUUGCGGCUAAGGAUCUUCUCAAGAAGGGGCUGAGACAUACGAUUGGUUCAGGUUACAACACACGGGUGUGGUUUGAUCAAUGGAUCCCGACACAACCACCUACAUUGGCCAAAGAUAACAGAGCAUGGAGAGAUCCUAAGCUGUAUGUUAAUCACCUUAUCGAUCACAGUACCGGCGAAUGGAGGAUGGAUCUGAUACAAAACAUAUGUGAUCCCUGUGAGAUUCCUCUUAUACAGAGCAUUCGACCUAGCCGGAGUAUUAAGGCUGAUGGGUUCUGCUGGAUCCAUACGAAAUCCGGUCUAUACACAGUCAAGUCUGGGUAUGAAAUAGCGACUCUAUAA